AUGGACCAACCAGGCAUAAAACAACCAGGCUUGAACCAACCAAAUGUAACACAACCAGUUAUGAGCCCAGCAGGCAGAAGCCCAUACAAUAUGAACCAACCAGGGCCCAGCCAACCAAACAUCAACCAGCCAAGCAUGAGCCAACAAGGCAUGAACAAACCAGGUGUGACAAGAUCAGGUGCAAGCCAAACAGAUAUGAACCAACCAGGCCCAAGCCAACCCAAUAUGAAACAACCAGAGCCAAGCAUGGACCAGCCAGUCAAGAGCAAACCAGACAUGAGCCAACAAGGUAUGAGGCAGCCAGAUCCAAGCCAACUGGAUAUAAAAAACCUAGGCAAAAGCCAACCAGACAUGAAUCAAGCAGGCAUGAGCCAAACAAGCAUACGGCAGCCAGGCCCACCUCCUCCCAACAUGAAGCAAAUGAACUCAUGGCAAUGGGGUCCAGGGUAUCCAGGUAGGAGACCACCAGACAUGUGGCAAAUAGACCAAAGCAAUCAGGGAAUGAGACAAUCAGACACAGUGCAACCAGGUCCAAGCUAUGCAGGACAGAGACAACCAGAUACAUGGAAAUCCAAUCCAAGUUAUCCAGGAAUGAAACAAAGAGAAUCACUGCAAUGGGGGCCAAGCUCUGCAAGCUUCAGACAAACAGAUGCAGGUCAAUGGAGCCCAAGCCACUUAAACAAAAAAUAUUCAAAUUCAUGGCAAGCACACAUAGAUUUUUCAGCCAUCAGACAAUUAAACUUCAGACAACCAGAUCCCACUGAACCAGGUAUGAAACAAUCUGACAUAUUGCCACCAGACCCUAUUCAACCAGGUAUGAGACUGAGAGUACCAAGCUCAGGGCAACCAGGCCCCAGACAACCAUGUAUGAGACAAAAUGACAUACAACAAUUGGACCUUAACCAACAAGGCAUGAAACAGUUGAACACAUGGCAACCAGGCCUCUGCCCACAAAGCAUGAGGCAAUUAGGCACAUGGCAACCAGACCCCAGCCUACUAGGCAUGAAACAGUCAGGCACAUGGCAACCAGACCCCAGCCUACUAGGCAAGAAACAGUCAGGCACAUGGCAACCAGACCCCAGCCUAUUAGGCAAGAAAUUGUCAGACACCUCGCAACUGAGCCUCAACCAACUAGGCAUAAGGCUGUCCAACACAUGCCAACUAGGCCCUAGACCACCAGCUAUGACACAAUCAGACACAAAGCAACUUGGCCCCAGUCUAUCAGGCAUGAAAGAUUUAGACACAGAGCAAUCAAGCCCCAGCCAAUCAAGCAUGACAAAAUAUGACAGAUGUCAAUCAGGCCCCAGCCAAUCAGGCAUGAAAGAGCUAGACAGAUGGCAACCAGGCACCAGUCAACCAGGCAGGAUAGAGUUGAACACACAGCAAUCCAGCACCAUCCAACCAGGCAUUAAACAGUUGGAUUCAUGGCAAAGGGGUCCCAACUACCCAGGCAGGAUAGAAUCAGAAAAAUGGCAAAUAGGCCCCAGCCCCCUAGGUAUGAGACAAUUGGAUUCAUGGCAACCAGGCCCAAGCCAAUUGGGCAUGAGAUAUUCAGACUCAUGCCCAUGGGGCCCAAGCCACUCAGGCAUGAGACACUCAGAUUUAUGGCAACCAAGCCCCAGCCUAGGCACAAGACAAUCAGAUGCAUGGCAAACAUGCCCAAACCACCCAGGCAUGAAACAAUUGGAUACAUGGCAACAAAGUCCCAGAAUCCCUGGUGUAAGACAAUUAUACACAUGGAAGCCAAGCCCCAGUUGCUCAGGAACAAGACAAUCAGAAAAAUGGCAAUUAGAUCCCAGCAACCCAGACAUGAGACAAUCAAAUGUUUGGGAACCAAUGCCAAGCCAGCCAGAAACCACCCAACCAGGAACUAACCCAUUAGAUACAAACCAAAUAGACACCACCCAACUAAGCCACGGAGAAAUGACACAAUCAGAUACAUCAAUGACAAGUCCAAGUCAACCAGAGAUGAAAGCCAGCCCAUCAGACAUCACCAGCCAAUCAGACUUAAGUCAAGCAGGCACAAGUCAACCAGGUAAAAGUCAAUUAGAGCCAAGUGAAUCAAGCAUGAGUGAUUUUGAUACAAAUCAACAAGGAAUUAUUCAAUUACCCACGAGAAAAACAAGUACUGUUCCUUUCUACAUAAGACCUGCUGAGCCUCAGGACUGCCCAGAUAUCCUGCAAUUGAUAAAAGAAAUGGCUUCCUAUGAAGGCAUGCAAGAAAAUGUGGCAUUAACAGAACUGGAUUUAUUCAGGGAUGGUUUUGGAGACAAUCCACUUUUCUACUGCCUGGUUGCAGAAGUACCUGCUCAACAAACAGAAUCAGGAGUAAAAACUAUUGGAUUUGCCAUGUACUACUACACAUACAACCCAUGGAUUGGCAAACUGCUUCACCUAGAGGAUUUUUACAUCAUUGAAGGUUACCAAGGUCUAGGUAUUGGGGCUGCUAUGCUGAAGAAGCUAAGUCAGAUAGCCAUCAACACCCAAUGCAGUGCCAUGCAGUUCCUUGUUGUCGUUUGGAAUCAGGAUUCCGUUGCGUACUACACUCGCCUAGGGGCUAUGGACCUUUCCUGUGAGGAAGGCUGGCAUUUGUUCAGAUUUAACAUGGAAGAUCUCCUGGAACUUGCAGAGGAAACAUGAAAAAAGCCUGGUAACAACUCAUCCCAACAUAGGCCUCAACAUUUGAAUGUCACCAUAAAAACAUCACUUUGACAUCAAAUGUUGUAAAAUAAAGCAAGUGAGCACAAUAUUCUUGUAGAUACUUGACUUUGAAACAGAUUUUUCAAGAUACAGUCAAUUCUUCAUUAUCCAAACUAAACAGUAAUGGCUAGUAAAAGUUCUAACAAUCUAAUUGAUUGCAUCAUUGAAAAACCACUCACACUGGGCUUAGAGUUUUUAGUAACUAUAUUUCAUCAAAUGUACAAUGGUGGUAUUUUCACAUUUUAACCUAAUUGAAAUUAAGGUAAGCACAAUGCUCAAAUGCCAUUUUCUUAAGGAUUUGCUUUAUACAUGAUGAAGUAUGGGUAUAUUUAAAUAGAAAUAGGUAGGUAUAAGGUUUAAAAUUCAUUUCCUACAGUGAUGCUAAGUUCUGAAGACCUUACUUGUGAAAAAUGAGUGAUUCCUUAUCUUGGGCAUUCAGUACCAUUGCCACUUUGCUACUGUUCCAUAACUACAUUCCAUCCCUAAACAUCUAGAGCUCUUUGGCUGUACUUUGAGAAGAUACCACAUUCAACACUGCUAUUUGUAUAUGUUUCCAUCCUUCCUGGUACAGUUGCUUUAUAGAGUUGCAAUUAUUUUGGAAUUAUGUAACUAUAUAGUACCAUCAUAAAAAGGUGAGUUCCCAAUAUACACCAGCCAUACCCACAAAGGAUAUUUGUCUGUGAGAAAAUACUUAUAUAAAAAAUUGUGUAUUUUAUAAUAUUUAUAAAUACCAAGGACAAGGGGUUGUAUUGAAUUCACAAAUCCUAUUUGGAGGACUGAAAAAGGUGACGGUAAAAUUAUACUUGAAGAUUGGGUAGGACAUGAGAAGGUAAAGUGAAACAAGACAAAGGGGCAUACUGAGAGGAAACAGCACAGGCAUUGAAGAGGCAGAAAGAGCAAACAUGAUCAUUAAGCAAGUGGAAUAUCAUAAAUGUACAUUUGAAGGAAGGUGUAUAAGAAGGAAGAUUAGAAGAUAUAAAAUAGUAAUAAGUUUCGAUUUGAUUCUAUAGGCAAUGGUGUGCUACUGAAGUUUUCAUUAACACACCUACUUAAUAGUUGUCAAAAGAUGACUGUCACAAAAUUAAAGAUGAGCUAUAAAAUCAGGUAAUAUACACAUAAAUCAAACUCAUCCAUUUCUAAUCUUUGACAUGUUGCCUUUCUUGCAACAAGAAAAAAAAUCAUUUUCUACCUUCUUUGAGUGAAUACUGUAGCUAUAUAGGUUCUGGUUUAGAUAUACACAGAAAUCUUCUGAUUAAAAGGACUCAGGUGUACUCUUUGCAUACUGUACACCUGUCCCUAUGUCUUCCCACUUUGGAUAUGUAACAUGUUCCCUGCUGGUAGUACAGUCAUCUUGUGACUCUGAAAUGUGCUAAGACCAGUGUGGAAAGUCUAGGUCUUGAUGUCACCAAGGAAACAUUGUAUUAUACCUAUGCUACCUUGUUUCUGGUUUUAAAUACAUUACUUGUUUAAGCUCUUUCCCUGGUUCACAUGCAAGCAAAAGACAUUGUGAAGAGAGAGGAAGGUUGAUGGUGUGCAGAUUAGCCAGUACAUUAUUGUGAUCUCAGGAGAGUGAUGAUGAAAUAUAAUAAGAAAAUGAUAGGAUUAGAAUGAGGAAGGUAGACAUUUAGUUUUAGACACAAUGACACUGAAAUAUAUUUGAAAUGUUGAAUCAAUAUAAAUAUUCAUUAGAAAUAUAGGUUGGUCUAUAAUACUAGAGAAAGACUGAGACUAUAAUAUGAAUAAUAACUUACAAAUGGUUUCUGUAGCCAGAAGGUGGUUGAAUAAAAAUGAAAGCAUAAGAGAAUGAGGAAAGAUCACAAAGAAUGGAAACUGGGAAGUCUCAGUCUUUAAGAGAUUUAAAGCAAUAGAAACAUGAGGAGUAACAAGAAAUUCAGAGUAAGGAAAAGUAAGUUUCAAGGAGGGAAUGGUGAACAGUGAUUAAUGAUCUAAGAAUUCAAGUAGGUAAAGAAGCCGGAAUGGUCCAAGUUCAAGAAAAGUUAAAAGACAGGAAGCUAGACGGGGAAUUGAUUACCCUUUUUAUGUAAAAACUAAAGCUUUGAUAAUAAAAGUAAAAUUGAAAUGACAGCAUAAAACUAGUUGGGUAUCUGCCAUUGUCUUUGAAAACCUAGUGUAUCAAAGCAGCUCUAAUUCUCAGUGAGUUCUCAGAUGCUCAUCAAGUAUCUUGGUUCUAAUUUUAUUUUAGUGUGCUUCAUUCUUGAAAUAGUUGUUCACAAAUGGAGCUGAUCCCAAAGAGCAAUGGCAUGAAUGGUGCUAAAAGUGAAGGACUCUGAGUCUAGCAAAAUGGGACCUAUAAAUCUACUAAAGAGAAAUGACCUUUUUAAGUUCAGUGUCAAAUUUCAGCUCCAUGCUUUCCAUUUGAAAAUUGUCAGGGAACAAUUAUGUUGACUAAAACUGGAGUUGCAAAUAUACAAAUUUUUCAGAAAUUUUAAAAUCUUUUUUCACAUUCUUGUAUCAAAUUAAAAAAAACAAGGUUACAUAAUUUUUGGAGCUCUGGGAAUUAUGUUUAGCCAACAUGACAACAUGACAUAAUUUCACUUUCAUUUGGAACACUGUUAUAAUUUGACAAAUUGUCCUGAUAAGUUGAUUUUUACCCUGAAAAUACAUAUUUAUAUCACUUCAGUAAGUUAAAUACCUGAAACUGGUAAGUCUGUAAACUAGUUUUCAUCAUCCAGUUCUGGCACAAAUUUUCUAUGUGAUCCCAUAAAGGACCUGAUAAUGCUUCACAAAUCAUUUUUUUUAAACAUUUGGCCUCAAACCACCUUAUUUCUGAAAGUAAAUAAUACCACCAUGUCAAAAUCAACAUUUUAAAGGAAUUCCCCUCAACUGGUGAUAAUUUAAUCCUUUGGGUCUUAUGAAAUUAGGAUUUAAAAAAGUGAUGCACAGACUGAGCAAGUUGUAUUUAUAUAUUUAGGAACACACACACACACACACACACACACACACACACACACACACACACACAGACACAGACACA